AUGUCGGAAAGGCGCAACAGCCUGAACCCUCCUCCUCGAAGGGAUGCCAUCGAUCCCGGGGCGCACGAUCUAGGUACUCCUCCCUCCUUCGCGCACCAUCUUCAAGAAGGGAAAGCUCACACCCUUACAGCAGAGGCCUCCGACUCAGAAGAUCACUUCACCGAUGCUCUCUCGGGGCGUGUGUCGCCUGCUGUGAUGUCGCCCAUCCCGCGCACCAGAGUCGAGAGGGUCGACGACAAGCCCGCGUACGGGGAAGUCCCCGGCACAGAGGCGUGGAAGUUGAGGCAGGAGGACGCGGAGCCGGAUGAGAUUGCUAUCAUCCCGGACCCUAGCUCUCCUGCUCCCGAGCCCGUGGCCCGGUCACCAACCCCCGGCGGGCACCCCAUCCCCAGGACGGUGGUAGAGGAGACGCCAGAUACCGAGGGUUCGGUGACGCAUCCGCACCCGAGGGAGCGGCGCAUGUCGGAUGCGAAGCCAGACGUGGUGAUCAAGCCGGAUGGCAAGAUAAUAGUGGAAGAGGGCGGAACAGCAAAUGAUACUCCAAUGCCAUCUUUGUCUCUUAGUACUCCUCCAUCACCAGCCCGCGCCAGGAGGAAAUCUUCAUCUGCGUCAAGACGCUCCCAAUUAAGCCCCCGCUUGCCAUCCGCCCCUGAUGGUCCAGCCGUUGGUGAAGAAGAGGGUCAGGAAGAGAAUCCCGAUGACGAGUUCGGUGAUGAGUUUGACGACUUUGAGGAGGGCGGGGAAGAUGGUGACUUUGGCGACUUCGACGAUGGCUUCCAGCAGGCCGAGCCCGUGGCACCGCCACCCCCUCCUUCACAACCGCAACCAACCGCUCCAGCCGCUCCGGCGCUCAACGUCCCAAUUCCCUCGUUCGAGUCUCUCGAAGCCUCAGAGAUCCUCUCCAUCUCUGAGCCUUACCUCACUGCCCUCUUCCCGCAAGCCGACCCCUCGUUUUUCCCACCCCUCCAGUCCUUCUCUCUCAAAGACAAUCCCAUCUUCUUGACCCCGCGUUCCGCAUCUCUAUGGCAGCAACUCGUCGCCCCGCCACCGCUCCAGCCGCCCGACUGGAUCCGCUCGCGUAUCCGUCGACUCUUCCUCGUCUCUCUGGGCGUGCCUGUUGACUUAGACGAAAUCCUGCCCGCAUCGUCGAAACAGAAGAAGCUCGUGCUGCCGUCACUUAACCUGCGGCGGAGCUCGUCGUCAGGGUCGUUCCAGGAGGAUAGCGAAGCGCGGAAAAGCGGCGGAGACGGUGGCGGAGCUAAGAAUAUAAAUGAAAAAGGCGAUGGCGCCGAUGGGUCGGCUGCCGGUGAUGCACCCAAUGCUGAGUGUCAGCAAAAGUCUGAGAAAAGUGCAGACGACGGGAAGCUCAAGGACAGCAAGAAGUCAGGUGCAUCUUCAACAUCCGAACCUGAGCGUCUGUUUGAUCUCAUUUCUGCCAGACAGUCAUGUCUGCUGACAGACGAGGCGCUUCACGGCAUGACAGAUGUAGAGCUGCGGGCCCACGUUGCGAGACUAGAGGCGAUGAUGGAGACAGCCCAGCGUGUGCUGACAUACUGGCAAAAGUGUACAGAUGAGAAGAUCGGUGACCGUGAAGCAUUCGAGGGUGUGAUUGAGAAUUUAGUGAAACAUGCAAGGAAGGUGAGAAAGUGA